AUGGUAUUCUGUCGCCCUCCCAGCAAGGGCUGUGAGCGAUGUCGAAAGCGGAAGGUCAAGUGCGACGAAGGGAGACCAGGAUGCGCAAAUUGCGCGAAAUUGAAACAGAACUGCCCGGGCUACCGCAAUCUGGAUGAGCUCAGGAUCAGAGACGAAUCCGACCGCGUUGCCCGUAAACACCGCCGUCAGGAGGACAAUUCAAGUAUGGUCUGGACACCACAACAGGUCUCUGUCCAGUCUCUGCGAAGUGACACGCGAGUACCUGGAGGGGGAUUCUUCCCAGCAUCGAUUGAGUCCUCCAUCACAAUUACAUAUCCGUUGUCUCAAUCUAGCAAUGAACUGGGAGCCAAUUUCUUCUUCGCCAAGUACUCUCCCAAUGAUGGCACUUCCUUCAGUAACUAUCAUGCUUGGUUGGUCAAGUCCUACCUUGAGCAAAGACCCAACAACGUUUUGGGAAAGGUGAUUGAGGCAGUGGGCAUGGCGGGACUGUCGAAUGUCUUUCACGCGCCUCAUGUCAAAUCUCAGGCUCGAGCACAGUACUCUGCGGCCUUGAUAUCCAUGCAACAAGCCCUGAAUGACCCAGCUCAAGCUGUUUCGGACUCGACGUUUAUGGCUCUCAUGUUAUUCGCAUUCUUCGAGGUACGUCAAGACACCAUCCACCAAGAUCGAUAUCCCCAUUGGGCUGCCCACAUUAGAGCCGGCACGGCCGUCCUAGAGCUCCGGGGCAAGGAACAGUUCAGCAGUGAGCGUGGUGCACUGCUAUAUGUUCAGUUUCGCUCCUACGUUCUUCUGGCCUGCAUGCAGGAACAUAUUGCUGUUCCCAACGCUCUGGUCAAGGCGACUUUCAGUUUCCAGACAGGUGCCCUGAGACAAUACUGGCAGCGUGCAAACAUUGCCAGCCCAGGGUCCAUCACCGAGAUUUGUAUCCGGGUGGCCAACCUCUGCGCAGCCUUGAGAAGUCAAGAGGUGACAGAUCCAAGGGCCAUCCGUGCCAUAACACAGGAGAUCGAUGCAGACCUCGAGACUUGGAGAGCAGGCUUGCCUCCAAGUUGGGCAUACACUACAGUCGAUGUUCCUUACGCUGCCCAUGACACCUUCUUUCACGGGAAGACGCACGUGUACGCCAAUCUUUGGAACGCAGAGGCAUGGAACUAUUGGCGCGCCGUACGCAUGUUCAUCAAGCAGCUCAUCCUACAGAAUGAGGUCCGCUCGACCAAGCCUGACGAUGCAUUGAUGGCACUAGCUCUUUCCACCAUACGGCAGUUGUCUAUUGACAUCUGCAUCUCCACAAAUAGUUUCAAAGACUCUCCACGCAUCCUCUCGCUCAUGCACUCGCUAUUUCUGGUCGCCCUGGAAGAGCGAAAUGAGCUGUCUGUGAUUUCUUUCGCUGUGGAGCAACUACGACGCAUCAGUGCCACUAUGGGCGUUCGACAGGCAAAUUUUAUGGCCGAUACCGCUUUGAAAAGGUCUCAGGCGAUACUCAGACGAGUCGAUAGUUCCUUCACCGCCGACAUCGACGCCUAGUGCCACCCCGCUAUGCAU